ACUGCCAUUAAAAAAAAGAAACAGACAGUCGGCCACGCUUGCCACAAAAAUUGUCUUGGGAUUAUAUCAAGUAUUUUCACCUUUUUCGUUCUAAUAUUGUUGUAAUUACCAUAUUAACUUUUAAGCCAAUUAUAAAAUUACGCAAUGGCCGACUUAGAUGAUUUCUUUGCUAAGAAAGAUCGCAAAAAGUCGAAAUCAGUCAAAAAGUUUGCUACUGCCGAUGAAUUAGCCAAAAAAUUGGAAGACACAAAAAAAUCGGAUGUAAGGCCAAAAAAAGAGCGACCUAUACAAGAAGGGGAUGAACCUGGUAGAGCUGGGGAGGAGGAGGAAUGGAAAGAAUAUGAAGAGCCAGUGAAGGACUACACAGGGCUUAAGAUCCAAGUGUUGCAAGGUAAUGCUGCUCCAGAAUCGAGAGAUUCAGCUGCGGAAGACUCAGCCCCAGACAGUGGAAAGGUCAAAGGUCCUUGGAACAAACCAGUGGAAGCGGAACAGCCCCCACCUCCGCCCCCAGUAGAAGAGAAGCCGCGGGAAGUGAAAGCCAAUAUCUACGUGCCGCCCGCGCCCAGGAACCGCGAGGUUGAACCCAUGGUGCGCAGGAAUCAAGCCAAGCACGCGCCGGACAUCCACAACGACGAUUACUUCCCCGUGCUGGGUGCGAGCGGGAAGCGCGGCGGCGCGGGCGGCUGGAGCACGGCGGGGGCGGGCGCCGGCGCAGGCGCGCAGCGGACCGGCGCACGCGCACCCCUCGCACUCGGCAACCGCUUCACCUCGCUGCAGGACGAUAGCUAGCCAGGUAGCAGUACUAAGCUCCGAGAAGCAAAGCAGUAAAGUGAAGUGUCAAUAUGGACUUGUAAGCAAAGCCCGGCUAGCAUACAUCUACAUACAUACAAAGUUAUGCAACAAACAGGAGGACGGUGCAUUUUCAAUACAUUCACAAUCUAUUUCCAAAUAAAAUCAUAGAAAUUGUGUUCCGACAGUUGCUAUAGUAAAUACAAGUUGUUUUUUUAAUGCAAAUUAUUGGCCAGUAAUUGGGAUGCACAGUGUUUUAUUUAACAUUGUUUUUUUUUAUAAGUUAUAUGGCUGUUUUAAUUUUUUUAAAGAAUUGUAAAAGAUAGAAUCGAUUACACCAGAUAUCAAUUUGUUGUUUAGGAAACAUUGAUUUAUCCAAUUUUUUACUAUCACCAUUUAGUGAUUUGUUUCCUUCUUAAUUAAUUGAUGCUUGUUGAUUUUUCGAUUAUCGACAUGAUUGUAAGAAUUGUCAUUAUCAAAACAGAUUUUUUAAGGCCUCAGGCAAUCGAUCUAAAUAUCUGUAAAUUGUAAAAGUAAUUGUAAUUUUUAUCAAGUGCAUCCCUGCCAGUAGCAAAUUUUUAUAUGAAUAUAAUCAAAACAUGAAUAAAAUGUAGACAAUAAAUAUAUGUAUGCGCAAACGGUGUUUGUUAAUGUUAGUAUAUAUUAUAAGGGAACAUAUUAAUCUGUUAAAUAUCAUUUCCACUAAUAUGGCAACUGUCACCUCGUAAAGAACACAGAGUAAA